AUGUACAACAUCAACCCCGAGAGCAAUAACGGACAGAAUGUCUUGUAUAGUAUGCUCAAAAAAGUCGGAAAGACCGAUGCAUUGGAUGAGCUCCUGAUCGAAUGGGUUACUACCGAGAACCUCCCUUUCCGCAUUGUCGAGAGCACCAGUUUCCAGAAUAUCCUUCUCCAUCUUAAUCCCGCUUUCAAGGGCCGAAUACCUUCCGCAAUGGUUCUUCGAGACAGACUCGAUACCGUGUACAAGCAGGCACAAGGGCCAGUUACAGAGCUUCUCGCGACAGCCCGGGGAAGAAUUCACGUCACUUUUGAUGGCUGGACAUCACGCAAUCGUCUAUCUUUGCUAGGAAUUAAUGUAUUCUUCAUUGACGUAGACUGGAGACAUCGCAAGUUACUUCUUGGGUUGCCUUCAGUCCAGGGAAGGCAUACUGGAGAGAAUCUUGCAGACGAGGUGGCAAGCGUGCUUGCAUACUUUGGGAUUGACGCUUCUCGAUUAGGCUACUUCGUCCUUGACAACGCCCGUAAUAACGAUACAGCAGUCGCAGCCCUUGCUGAUGAAUUCGACUUCGACCUUGACCAUCGCCGCCUUCGCUGCCUUGGCCACAUCCUGAACCUAGUGGUGAAGCAGUUGAUCUUUGGCGAUAGUGCUAGUGCGAUGGAGACCGAGGAUGAUGACGACUUCGAUUUCAGCACUAUCAGCGAUGAGUUGAAGAAAUGGAGGAAGAAAGGGCCUGUUGGACGGCUUCACAACUUCGUCGGGGCUAUCAACAACUCCCCACAGCUCGUUCAACGGCUCCUUGAAUGGCAGAAGGAAGAUAUCGCGUCCGGUAAACUUAGCUACAUUGAUAAAACAACAGGAAAGCUUAAGAAGCCUCUUAUGCCCAUAUCCGACAACGAAACUCGCUGGAAUUCGAGGUACAGGAUGAUGCAGCGUGCCAAGCUUCUCCGUUCUUACUUUUCUCGGUUGGUCAUAUACAUCCAAGAACAAUGGGAGCAUGAGAAGCUGCGAAAGAAGGGCAUAAAAAAGCCCACGAUUCUUGAUGAUAAGCUAGAAGAUAGUGAUUGGGAUGUUAUCGAAGUGUUUCUGAAGAUUCUUGGUGCCUUUGACGCUCUCUCAACCCGUCUACAGGGCAAUGGCGAGCCUGAUGAGGAUGGCCACAUCCGGUCUGGCGCGUUCUGGGAAUACUUUCAAUCCUUCGAGUUCCUCCUUAGCCAUCUCGAGAAGCUGAAGAUCAAUACAGACCUGGUAGACGGGCUGGACUCUAAAUCAGUUACUAUGGUACGGAGUCAUAUUAAUCUGGCCUGGGAAAAACUUGACAGUUAUUACCAGAAGCUGUGUCCGCCUGCGUACGCCGCUGCUAUUGUUCUACAUCCUUGUUAUGGCUGGGCGGCGCUGGCGAAGUAUUUUAAAGGCAACCCUAAUGCGAAGGAGUGGCUUGCAGAGCAUAAACAUUCCGUGAAGAAAUUAUGGGAGAAAGACUAUCAGAAUAUGCCCUUGAAGUCCGCCGAGACUGCUUCAUCAUCAUCAAAAUCGACUUCCCACAAGAGACGCAGUGAAUUUGAGACCUUUCUUGACUCAGCAAUGGAAGACGAUGAGGAUGACAUGGUGGCUAUGGAUGGUAGCAUAGAUCCCCUCCUUGACGAGUACGAGAGGUAUUGUAGGACAUGGAAGCGUGCGGAUCCUCAGCUCUAUCGAGAGAAUCCGUAUUUAUGGUGGAAGGCGCGCGAGAAGGAAUACCCAAGACUUUCUCGUAUGGCCAGCGAUUUUUUGUCCAUCCCUGCGAUGUCUGCUCAAACAGAGCGAGAAUUCAGCUCUUGUGGACGUAUGGUGGGCGUAUUAAGAACAAGGUUGGACCGUUGGGGCAUUGCUAUGUCGCAGUGCAUUCGUUCAUGGAAGAAAGAAGGUAUUAUAUAG